AUGGAUCAGUUUGUGAAUGAUUCAUGUUCAAUUAGGCAACAUCAACCAUUGAAACCGGAGGCAUGGCAAACAUGGGGUGUUGGUAUGAUAAUUGUAACAAUCUCAGCAUUUGCUUCACCAUCAUGCAUUAUAUUUGUACCACUACUAAAUAAAAAACUUUACGAUCGUGUUAUGACAUUUCUGGUAGCUCUCGGCAUCGGUGCACUUUCCGGUUCCGUCAUUUUUAUCAUGUUACCACAAGCUUUUGAGGUACCAGACAAAAUUGGAUUAAUAAAAUCAGUGAUCAUCCUCGGAUCAUUGUAUGCAUUUUUUGCUGUUGAUAGGAUACUCAAAUUUGCAAUGGAAAUAAAACGACAACGAAAACCACGAAAAGUGGAGGAGAUUGCUGAAACCAACAAAACAGAUUUAGCAAUGACCUUUCCGAAACCAAUAAGUCGCGAAAAUUCCUGCACUAAAGAUGAAAUUGAGCAAAUUCAGGCCGAGAUCGAAAGUGCAGCAGUUAAUUCAGCUAUUACAAGAACGGUACCACUUUGCCUUAUAUUUUCAACAAAUAAGAAAGUUCCUCAAAUUAUAUACGUGGGAGACACGGAGAGUCGCGUAGACAACAAUAAUUUCUUGCAAGUACCACAACCGAUCGCAACAAUUUAUUCCACUUCUCCAACAAUUUCUCAAAAUCAGGUAAGAGCUGGUGAGAAAAUAAGUGUAUCUGUGGCUGUCGUUGAGCAAAUGGAAGUUCGACCGGAAACACUGGAAAUUUCCAGUAUCGCAUAUAUGAUCUUAUUUGGCUCCUCGGCCAAUAAUUUCGUUGAUGGAAUGAGUAAUGGCGUUGCUUUUGCGGAUUCGUUGGGCCGAGGCCUCAGCAUUGGCAUUGCAUGCAUUGCGCAACAAUUUCCGCAGGAGUUGGGUACUCUUGCUAUUUUGGUUCAGUCAGGGUUGGGUCUCAAGAAGACAUUAUUAUUGAAUUUAAUACCGGGUGGUCUGAGUUAUCUCGGAUUCAUUAUUGGGGCAUUAUUAGAUGACUAUAAUGAAGGUGCUGAUACAUACGUUUUUGCUAUUUCAUCCGGAAUGUAUCUUUAUGUUUUCUUGGGAACUUUGAUUCCGGAGGUGCGUGAGGCAACCACUGAAUUGAUUAAAAAUAAUUAUCGUGAAAGUAUAAUUGUUACUGUGUUGCAAAGUGCAGGUCUUCUGUUCGGCCUUUCUUUCAUUUAUUUCAUGUCAGUGUACAGUGAUAAAAUACAAUUCUGA